AUGUGUGUACGCGUAUACUACAACAUUGACAUAAACAUUCUGAAAAAAAAGUACAACUGCAAACAAGUCCUGAACAAUGAAAAAUUAAGGAGAGGGAUGAUCAAUAAGAAAAAUUACAUGCCCAUUAUUUAUGAAAGUGCUGGAAAUGGAAAAGAAAACAAAGAUGCGGAAAAAAGGAACGUAAUCCAAGUUUGCCUAUGGGGACUGAAGCCACAUAACUACGAAAGACUUAACAAGGAAGUUCUUUUGAUUAACGCAAGAUUGGAGAGCCUACAAUCCAAAAAAUCAUUCAAUGUGCUAAUCAAUAAGAACAGAUGCGCAGUUGUAGUUAAUGGAUAUUUUGAAUGGAUGGAAAUCAGAGGAAGCUCAAAAAGAAUUCCAUAUUUUGUAUUCUUUGGAAAAGGUGAUAAUUCAUCUGAAGAAAUAACCGAAGAUACAGUUGAAACAAAAGUUGAAGACACAACUGAAGAAAAGUCUGAGGGAAAAAUUACACCAAAAAUAAAAGAAGAACGAGGGACAACUAUUAGGAUUAGGGUUAAGAAAGAAUUAGAAGUAGGUGAAAAUAUCAAAGGAAGACCUAAGAAAGACGAGAAAAAAAAAGUAAAGGAAGAAGAAGAAGCAGAAUCCCAGAGCAAUGAAGAAGAACUAGCGUUGACUGAUAAGGGAACUCCCAAAAGGAAAAAAGAAGUAGUGGAAAAGGGUAUCAAAAAAAAAAUUAAAACAGAAACAUCCAGCGAAGAUCUAGAGGAAGAGGACGAAGAGGAGAAAUCACAUGUAAUAAUUGCAGGUCUCUACAGAAUCUCAAAAGUGGACAAAAAGGAUUGCAGAUACACCAUAAUCACAACAGAAUGUGAAAAUUCCACCCUAAGAGACAUCAAUGAAAGAUGUCCGCUCCUACUAAGUGAAAAUACCAUCCGCUUGUGGCUAGAUGUUAAAAAAAAAUACGAAGACAUAAUAGAAAGUGUUAUAGAAGAGCACCAAGCAAUUUACAAGUUAAAAGCUGGACCGAUUAUGCAUCUAAAUCAAAAAGGGCAAAAAAGGCUUCUAAGAAUGAAUGUAAAAGACAAGAAGGGAAAUGAAAGCACCAUUUUAGAACACUGUGUUCACUUAGGAAAUUUGUAA